UUUCCUUGAGUCUAAAUUUUCUUGUAUUUAAUUAGCAUUUUAUUUUUCCUAACCUAGCAGCCGUAACCAAAAAAAAAAAAAAAAACCUAACGAUUAAGGAAGGAGCAGGGCAUUGUAGUUGUAUCCACCAAAACCCGAUUGUUACCUCGGACGAGAUUUUGGUCCUGGAUUGCGUUUUCUUUUCUGUCCGUGUUUCCGCUCAGCCUCUUUCUAUUCAAAACCAUCGACUCAUGAACAGGGUUCUUUGCAAGUUUUUCGCACAUGGGGCAUGUCUGAAGGGGGAUCAUUGUGAGUUUUCACAUGAUUGGAACAAUCCUUCUAAUAAUGUAUGCACCUACUACCAAAAAGGAGCUUGUGCUUAUGGAAGCAGGUGUAGAUAUGAGCAUGUUAAACUGUCUCGAUCACAGCCUUCAGCUCAAUCUUCAGCACAACCUCAACAAUAUCUGCUUUCAAGUUCUGCUCCUUCCAAUGUGCCUCCUGGAACGGGUACACAUAAUACAGAUGUUGUACCAAGUAUUUCUACUGAGUAUUUAGCUUCAAGCAGACCAGCAUGGAACCAAAAGUCAGAGCUUCAAGAUACAUUGGAGAUUGAUGACAUGAUUGAGUUGAAGAGUGUUAAUCCAGCUGAUAGGUCAAUCUGUGCUUUUGCUGCUGCUGGUAAUUGUCCUCGGGGAGAAAAGUGUCCUCAUAUUCAUGGAGAUCUGUGUCCAACCUGUGGGAAGCAUUGCUUGCAUCCUUUCAGGCCUCAGGAAAGAGAGGAGCAUAUAAAAACAUGUGAGAACAAGCAAAAACACCUUGAUUUAUUGAAGCGCAGUCAAGAAAUAGAAUGCAGUGUAUGCCUUGAACGUGUUCUUUCCAAGUCAACAGCAGCUGAGAGGAAGUUUGGGAUCCUUUCUGAGUGUGAUCAUCCAUUUUGUGUAUCGUGUAUCAGGAAUUGGCGUGGCAGUUCUUCCUCUGGGAUGGAUGUUAAUUCUGCACUGAGGGCUUGCCCCAUAUGCCGGAAGCUUUCAUAUUUUGUCAUUCCCAGUGUUAUUUGGUACUUCACAAAAGAAGAAAAGGACGAAAUAGUCGACAACUAUAAAAACAAACUCAGAUCUAUCGACUGCAAGCACUUUGACUUUGGGAAUGGGACUUGUCCAUUUGGGACCAGCUGUUUCUACAAGCAUCAAUACCGUGAUGGUCGUUUGGAGGAAGUAGUACUACGCCAUCUUGGUUCUGAAGAUGGAAGCACAGUAAUCGCUAAAAAUAUCAGGCUCUCGGACUUCCUUAGGAAUUUGGAAAUUAGGUGAACAGUUCUUUUAGUACUUUCAAGACAACUACAUAAGAAAUUUUCCCUGGCUAUUUUCGGAAAGACUGGAGUUCCUUGGCAACUUUUGGAAGUUAUUGAAGACACAUCUCAAACAACACUGUUUUAGAGAAGGAAAUCAAACUGCGGAUACCCUUGCUAAAUGGAGUUGUACAAGGGAUGACAAAAUUCUCCUCAAUGUUAAUGAGCUCCCCAGAGAGGCUCUUGGCUCAUACCGACUGGACGUAAUUCAAAUGCCCUCUUUUAGAUACAAGGUUCUUAAUAAUUCUUUUACUUGAUCUUUUAUUUUGGUAUUGCAGAAGAUUGGUUGUUCUCCCUCCAAAGUACCUGUAAAUUUUAUGUUUGUUAUUGUGGUAUGGAAGGUUGUACAGUGGGCCUUUGUGUCUAUUUUGCGGGUUUUAUGCCUCCCUCCUAGAUGUAACUUGUUGAUAAUUUAUAUCAUACCUGGUAGAGGUUAUCGCCAAAUCUUCCUGCACAACAGUUUGAUAUAUAGCUUGGUUAUGGUUUCCCGAGGAAAAAAAAAACUAUGUAGAAAUAAAGUUUUGGCCUAUUUGUUGUGAAACCAUUUCAUAUUAUUGCCAUAACUUAUUAGAAGAAAUGAUCUAACUCUAUUGAUCCA